UGCCUUCCAGAUAGCGAAUUAUCAUCGUUGCAUUUCUUAUUGUUUAUUUAUUACCGUCUCAUUAUGGUUUAAUGAAAGAGGAUUUCAUCCACGUGAACCCGUCCACACUUCCAGAAACAAAGUCGAAAAUGUUAUUAGUGAUUCCGUGUUAUGGGAAAAUAUGUCUCCGUUGCGAAAGUUUAAGGCAAAAAUCAAAUUUAGCCAUGGAGAAUGAAAGAAAUUCGGUAGCUACAACAUCCAGGAGAGAAUCAGAAGGAAUUACAGGAUGGAUAGAAUCCGUGAUUAUGACCGUGUCGCAGACUUCCAUAGGCCAGGCAUUGUUCAAAUUUAUCGACUCGUUUUUGUGGGUCGUGGAAAAAUCAACUCAAUGGAGCUUACCGGCUCAUGAAAUCGCGGCUGAGGAGAAUGGUAAAGUAUUUGGGAGAAUAGAGCUCGUGAGACCUUUGCCAUGGCUUCUCUUUCUGCCAGGAUUAGUGAUACUUCGAAUCAUCAGAUGUGGGCUCAACGUGGGUGCUUUUAUUUUGGGCUAUCCACGAAUACGACCAAGUGGAAUGGUAAAAUUCGUGCAAAAAACUCGCAGACGAUUAAGAGCGAUAAACGUAAAAGCAGUAAAAGCGAGGCGCAGAAUAACAUGUGCCAAGGACAAGAGGUUGACGAUGAUCGAGGCCAAGAAGGCUCUGAUCAGAUCCAUCAGAUUGACUCUGUCGACUUUGUCUUGUUUGGAUACGUCUAAAUCAUCCCCCUCGCCACCCCCGAUGAAAAUUCGUGUAGGUCAAAUGGAUUUCGACACGAUAGCAACACCAGAAGAGAAGUCGACCACGGAAUCUGUCGGCAGCCCUGUACUCCACGAAAUGAAACGCAAAUUCUCCCAGAUAUUAGACGAUGAAAGUUCCGAUGGCUCGGAUAACGAGACACUUCGUACAAAACUCGAGAGACUAGCAAUGGAGAACAGCACGGACGAUUCUGAUUUCAACAUUGCCGAAUGUUCAAUAGAAUCGAGCACAGGGAGCAGCGAAAACGAUCCGGACAAGGAGAUAUCAUUUAACGAGACGGCCGAGAUCCAGAGGGAAGCUUGCAAAUUCUUGAAGGAUGAUACGUACCAGCUAAUGUCUCUGAAAUUGCAGAUAGCGAAAUCGAUGAAGGACGAGGAAACGAAGGAUGGCGCGAAACUCGAGGGCGCCAUGGACAGUUCUGAAUCCGCGGUGGCAAAGGCGAGCAGUGUGACCAAAGACUUCAUCAAUGGAGAAAUAAAUUCUGCAUUGCAACAAUCGUCCACAGUUUCAGAACCAAGCUCAGCGCCAGAAGAUACCGAAGAGAAGAAAACUUCGACCCCCCCUACAACAGAAGCUUGCACCUUAUCGAAAUCCGAUAGCUCUCCCUCGAAGGAGAACUCCUCAGAAGUCUGCGCGUCGCCAAAAUCUCGUAGCUCCCCCUCAAAAGGGAAUUCCUCAGAAGUUUCCACGUCACCGAAGACUCGUAGCUCUCCCUCGAAAGAGAGUCCCCCGAAAACUCAAACUCAAACAGAGACAAAUCAAACGAAAUCUCGUGAUUCUCCUUCGAAAGAGAGUUGUUCAGAAACAUCAGAAGCGAGCACACUAUCGAAAUCUCGUAAUUCCCCUUCGAAAGAGAGUUGUUCAGAAGCAUCAGAAGCGAGCACACUAUCGAAAUCUCGUGAUUCUCCUUCGAAAGAGAAGGAGACACGGGCGUCAGAAGCUUCCGCGUUAUCGAGAACUCGUAGAUCUCCUUCAAAAGAGAGUUAUUCAGCCGUACAAGGGAAAUCUUAUUACAAGUCCAAAAAAUAUGGCCGCAAUAAACCUACAUGGACCGAACAGUGAACACAGAUGGAGACGCUGUUCCCUCUUAAAAGUUCCUUCACUGUGAUUUUCAUUAAUACACUUAAGCCACAAGAUGCUUGUGGCUUAUUUUUUAUUAUUUAUUCGAUUAAUAAUUGAAAUUAGAAAAGGUAUCGCGAAAUCGUUCCAUCGCGAUGAUUAAUAAUUUGUACGAUAAAAAGAAGACGAAGAAUUUUUUCACGAAAAAUAUCAAAAAACUUUUCUAAUCUCCGGUUUUCAUCGAAGCAAGUUCGUUGUAAUUUACGUUGUUCGUUUUGUUUUUUUACUGAAUAAUUGUAAUGAAACAAGCUGAAUAAAUAACAUAUUUGUUUUACAAAAAGGAAAAAAAAAUAAAGAAAAACAUUUUGCAGCAACUUCC